AUGUCGAUUCAUGAUUCCUUGCCUGGGAAUGCAAGAAGAAAAAGCACCGUGUGCCUGGACGACAGCCGAACUGUAUACUCGGCGAGUACCGUGGCCGACACUACAAAAAAAGGCUAUGUUUCUGUAUUGGCAGAGAAUCUUUGCGAGGCCAUCAGCCUUUGCCAGCCCAGCAACGAUAUGCUAGAGCGAAUAUAUGAGCUUCUCCCCGAGCUGCUCAAAGUCUUUGCUUUGAGUGUCGGCAAUCAAUCGUCAAACCAGAUACAUCGGGAUGUGAUGGUUUUUAUCCACAAGUAUAGAAUGGAUAUCGCUACAAGUUGCAGACACCUAAUUUCGGAUGAGAAUCCUAGAAGCCAAGGAAGAAAUAGCCCUGAUGAAAUGUCGCUGGCAGAUAAGAUGGAAUUGUGGGAAAGGAACAUUGAUGGCAUUGAUAUGUUGGAUCAAGGAUCGCCGCCAGCCCUUUCAGAAGCAGACAAUGGUUUUGAUGAGGAGAUAGACAACAUGACUACUGACGAUGCACCUGAAAUCGAACCGAAUCUUCCUGGAAUUCAGGCAUACAAGGAUCUGAUCCAAUCUUCCCCAGCCUAUACCAAAAUGGUAUCGGAUCUACGUCGAGAGUGUCUCCUGGUUCCUGCCGAGCCGAACGCAAUGGAGAAUAUACACAAUGCUAUUCUUAGGAUGUUGCCUAUUUGCCCAAAGGUCAGCAGAAGACAACAAACUGAGACAUUUCAAAUGACGAUCAAAGUGGACUGGAGUCCGUUGCUUUUUCUCCGAGAACAGGAAUACUCUGACCCUCCAGAUAUUGCGAUUGGGAAGGUCAUCGCAUUGACGGGAUCGAGUUCAAUCGCACAGGCAACUACAUGCGCCGAUUAUCUGACGCAGACCUGGCCAUCGAUUGGGGAUGGUAUUCUGGAGUUGAUUCAGAAUGCGUUGAAGAACAAUCAGAGAGGCAUAUCGUCAGUGACCUUAACCGACAAAACUCGGGUCAGCGCUUGGAUGGAUGGAGCCGAGCACGGGCCCAGAUGCCCCCUUGUGGUCGUUGUAAUUGGAAUUGCCAGCUUGAUUGCUGAAGUCGGAGAGGUUCUGGCAUGGCUUGGGUCUGCUCUAAGGUCUUCUCCAUAUGAACGUGGAGUAGCCUUUACCAGGCCAUUCGUGGACGAUGGGAUUCAUCUUCCACAUAGACCAGAGCACUGGUGCAUAAUCCGCUUUGAAACAAGCCGGGACAGUACCACAGUGUCUGCCAAUGGCCAAUGCUGGCACUACCUGUUCCGGAAUCCAGUGGUUGCUGAAGGCUAUCCAAUUCCACGAAGAGCACAUAACAGACCUGGAAUCGACAUAUCGCUACAGAUGAUGGCUGAGCUUGCUGAAACGUCUUGUGUCAAUCCAUUUCAUGGGCGUCCGUUUAUCAAGGGGUUUUCGACACUACUAGUCCCGACGGAAUACAGCGAGAACACAGUCAUGUGGCAUCUACUCUUCAACGACAACGGUAAUCGAAUAUCAUAUCUAGACGGAAUGAAGUUUGCCAAAGUUAAUAUGCCCCUCUCAGGGCUGCAGAACGUCCGACAUAUCCUUGGAUGGUGUUCAGAAAUGAGGUUUUACGCAGGCGCACACGGUGCAUCGUAUGACAUCAAGAACUCAAGACUACCCAAAGCUUCCGGAGACUCUCCCUUUUCAAACACCUCCCUCUCAAUGGGGCGGAUCAUCACGGACGAUAUCACCUUCAGCAUCGGUCGCAAAGACAUUCCAGUCCAUCUCUCACGCAAUGGCUACGUGAGUAAGCUCAAGUGGAUCUCAAAAAAGUUUGUCCUACUCUGGGAUGAGGGAGAUAAACGUGGCUGGUUAGUCAAUGGAACGAGUGCACUAUUGCACCUCGUCCGUACAUCACUUGAACUAGAUAGGAUGAACGAAUUUGCCUGUGUGUCUCAAUUCGUUCCAGCAAAACUGAAAGGGGCGAAUCUAUACCAACCAAGAUCCUCAACGAAGAUUCUACUGAAUGACAGCAAUCUUAAGCUGGAGAUGUACCCAGAAGGAGAUGGCUUUAUACGAUUCCAGGACCAAGUAACAAAGUUCUAUGAUUUGAUGGAAAAGAUGAUCGACCAUCAACUUGAUGCCAUGGACCACAUCUCCAUUCGCGACGUUUCCAGAUCGCAGCUCGAGGGCUGGGACUUUCACGAUCUCGCAACCGAGCGUGACCCGGUCUGGCCUCGCAUGGCCAAUUUGGAUUCUACCGGAAGGUCCUGGGUGGAUUUUGUCAGGUCUAUACGCGCCGUUACUUUAUUUGGUCGGGGUUUUGGCGAUAUUAUCCGGCCAGUCAAUAACUGCUCUCAGUGGUCCAGAUUACCAACUGGGCAGUCGUAUCUCGCUGUUUCUCAUGCGGAUAUCCAAGAAAUCAUCCAAGCUGGUCAUGGCGACCCCUACUCUACGCCAGUGAAAUUGACUGACAACAUCAUCUGGCACAUUCCAGAACAGUCAUCCGAGCACUGCAGGUGCAGUAAGGGGAAAGCACACUCCGACAUCGUUCAAGUGCUUUUGCCAUCGAGUAUGCAGGACCAGCUGGCCGACAAAAGCUUCACAUACAAUGAGGAUACUAACGGCGCGUUUGUAUUCGGGUAUAGCUCAGUCCAUACAUGGUACUGGGAUGAACUAGGAGACCCGUCAAUGGACCCCAUUGAAGUUCGCUCUGCACCGGUGUCCAAAGCAAGUAGCAUCUCCGUAUCUCACGACAGUGGUAUUGGGAAAAGUUUGGGAUCACCGACAUCGAAAGACGGAGAAAGCUCGACAGAAUCAAGUUUCAACCCAUCUGCCAGUGAGAGAUAUUUCAAGUCACCAGGAAAACCUCUCCGAUCUAUCUCAUUCUCACGGAAUGAUUCAUACCAGUACAAACCAAGUACAUCUGGAAAGAUAUAUGAUGUUGGUAUUCUUUGUGCACUCCAUAGAGAGCUCAAGGCAGUCCGAAUGCUGCUUGACAGCGAGCACAUGGAUGAUUGUGUGCCAAAGGUGGAUCCGAAUUCAUACGUCUUUGGAGCCAUGAGCGGACACAAUAUUGUUGCUACCUGUCUCCCAGAUGGUGAAUAUGGUACCAGCCCUGCUGCCUACGUUGCUUCAAACAUGAAGCGCAGUUUUCCCGAUAUCAAGUUCUGCCUGAUGGUGGGAAUUGGCGGCGGAGUUCCAUCUGCAAAGAAUGACAUUCGAUUGGGAGAUGUCGUUGUGAGUAAACCGAUUGGAAGUGGUGUUGGUGUUUUGCCAUAUGAUAUGCAGAAGACACUGGAAGGGGGGAUGGUAGAGAUGAAUGGAUAUCUCCAUCCUCCUCCACGACAUUUGAGAUCGACAUUGAGUGAGAUGCAGUCGGACCCGAGGCUUUCCAAGACUGCAUUGAAGGAAUACCUUCAAGAGAUUGGAGAAUAUGACGAGACAUACGGCCAUCCCGGACCUCAUACAGACAUACUAUACGCAGCAGACUACUCUCACCCUGCAGCGAAGGGAACGUGCAGUGACUGCGAUGUCUCAAGGAUGGUAUAUAGACACCAGAGAUCGUCUGACCAGCCCGUCAUCCACUACGGCACAAUAGCAUCGGGUAAUCAAGUGAUGAAGGACGCAAUUACACGCGACAAAUGGGGCAGAGACUACGAGGUCUUAUGUUUCGAAAUGGAAGCUGCUGGGCUGAUGAAUAUCUUUCCAUCGUUGAUUAUCCGCGGCAUCUGUGACUACUGUGACUCGCAUAAGAACAAGAAAUGGCAAAACUACGCUGCCGCCACUGCGGCUGCCUUUGCUAAACUCCUUCUUUCUCGUGUUCGAUCAGAACCGGAGAUGGGGGACCAGGCUACCACAGUUGAUACGAGGCUUGACAGUCGAAAGAGGCCAUUGGGGGAGUCAUCGGUGGAGAAUGUUGCCAAACAACAACGGAUUUAUAAGCCUUUAUCAAGGGCAGAGUCAUGGACCAACAUGUAA